CUUGUGGGCAAGCACGGGAGGCGGGGCUCGGCGUGAGUCUCUGCGGGGCUGACUGGGCGUCAGUGCGGAGGGUGACGAUCUGGUCAGGCCAUAAUGACUUCAGCAAAUAAAGCAGUUGAAUUACAACUACAAGUGAAACAAAAUGCAGAAGAAUUACAAGACUUUAUGAGGGAUUUGGAAAACUGGGAAAAAGACAUUAAACAAAAGGAUAUGGAACUAAGAAGACAGAAUGGUGUUCCUGAAGAGAAUUUACCUCCUAUUCGAAAUGGCAAUUUUAGGAAAAAGAAGAAAGGCAAAGCUAAAGAGUCUUCCAAAAAAACCAAAGAGGAAAACACAAAAAAUAGAAUAAAAUCUUAUGAUUAUGAGGCAUGGGCAAAACUUGAUGUGGACAGUAUCCUUGAUGAGCUUGACAAAGAUGAUAGUACCCAUGAUUCUCUGUCUCAAGAAUCAGAGUCGGAAGAAGAUGGGAUUCAUGUAGAUUCUCAAAAGGCUCUUGUUUUAAAAGAAAAGGGCAAUAAAUACUUCAAACAAGGAAAAUAUGAUGAAGCAAUUGACUGCUACACAAAAGGCAUGGAUGCUGAUCCAUAUAAUCCCGUGUUGCCAACAAAUAGAGCGUCAGCGUAUUUUAGAUUGAAAAAAUUUGCUGUUGCUGAGUCUGAUUGUAAUUUAGCAAUUGCCUUGAAUAGAAGUUAUACAAAAGCUUAUUCCAGACGAGGUGCUGCCCGAUUUGCUUUGCAAAAAUUAGAAGAGGCCAAAAAAGAUUAUGAAAGAGUAUUAGAACUGGAACCAAAUAACUUUGAAGCAACAAAUGAACUCAGGAAAAUCAAUCAGGCUUUAGCAUCCAAAGAAAACUCACAUCCAAAGGAAGCUGCAACAGUGAUUAAGUCAACAGAGAGCGAGCGAAAGCAAAUUGAAGCACAAUGGAAUAAGCAGCAGGCCAUUUCAGAGAAAGAUCUGGGGAAUGGAUUUUUCAAAGAGGGGAAAUAUGAAAGAGCAAUUGAAUGCUAUACUCGAGGGAUAGCAGCAGAUGGUGCUAAUGCCCUUCUUCCAGCUAACAGAGCUAUGGCCUAUCUGAAGAUUCAGAAAUAUGAAGAAGCUGAAAAAGACUGCACACAAGCCAUUUUAUUAGAUGGCUCAUAUUCUAAAGCUUUUGCCAGAAGAGGAACUGCAAGAACAUUUCUGGGAAAGCUAAAUGAGGCAAAACAAGAUUUUGAAACUGUUUUACUUCUGGAACCUGGAAAUAAGCAAGCAGUAACUGAACUCUCCAAAAUUAAGAAGGAAUUAAUUGAGAAAGGACACUGGGAUGAUGUCUUUCUUGAUUCCACACAAAGACAAAAUGUGGUAAAACCCAUUGAUAAUCCACCACAUUCUGGAUCAACUAAACCACUCAAGAAGGUUAUUAUUGAAGAAACUGGUAAUUUGAUACAGACUAUUGAUGUGCCAGACAUCACUACUGCUGCUGCUCCAGAAAGUAAUCCUAUUAAUCUAGCAAAUGUGAUAGCAGCCACGGGCACCACAAAUAAGAAGAAUUCAAGCCAAGAUGACCUUUUUCCCACAAGUGAUACUCCAAGAGCAAAAGUAUUGAAAAUAGAAGAAAUCGGUGAUACGUCAUCCUUACAACCUCAAGCCAAUUUGAAACAGGAUGUAUGUCAAUCUUACAGUGAGAAAAUGCCUCUACAGAUAGGACAAAAACCUGCUCAGUUUGUCACAACUGUUCUUCCCCCAAUUCCUGCAAACUCAUUCCAACUUGAAUCUGAUUUCAGACAAUUGAAAAGUUCUCCAGAUAUGUUGUAUCAGUAUUUAAAGCAAAUUGAACCAUCUUUGUAUCCUAAGUUGUUUCAGAAAAAUCUGGAUCCGGAUAUAUUCAACCAGAUCAUUAAAAUUCUGCAUGACUUUUACAUUGAGAAAGAAAAGCCAUCACUCAUCUUUGAAAUCUUACAAAGACUUUCUGAACUAAAAAGGUUUGAUAUGGCAGUGAUGUUUAUGUCAGAAACAGAGAAAAAGAUUGCACAUGUAUUAUUUAAUCACAUAGACAAAUCAGGAUUGAAGGAUAAUUCUGUUGAAGAACUCAAGAAAAGAUAUGGUGGUUGAUUUCCAUUUUUGCUGAAAGAAUUGUUUCUGACUUUCAUAUAUAAUUUUUUCUACUAAAAGUGUUUUGCUUUUUAAGAAAAUGAUACUGUGAUUUAACUAGUGAGAAUUGUAUUCAAGUAAACUCUGUGUUUUUCUGAAAAUAAAAAUAUAACCAAUGAGUUAUGUUUGUAAGGAUCAGCAUUUUGUUUUAUGAGUCAUUUUAAAUGUUAAAUUUAGAUACAUUCUUCAGUGACCCAUAAAUAUUUUUAUAUUUUUUUGAGUUUUUGUAACCACAAGCCAAAGCUGCUUCAUUAGCAUAUGAAUAAUUAUCUUUAUAUAGAGGAAGUUAGAUGGUGAGAUCCUUUGUUUAUAAAACUUUUUAAUGUUAUUAUGCCAAUUCACUAACAUAAAGUUAUUUAGUUGCAGGAUAUGUAUUUUUAGUAUUUAUGUUGAAAGAAAGAAGACUUUUAACUGGACUUUCAAACUAGGUUAAUUGAAGAAUCGCAGUAUCCUUACAUUUUAAUCCCAUAGAGUUUUUUGCCUUAUGAUAUCCAUGUUACAUACCAGCUAAGGACAGAUAGUCUAAAGCAAGGUGUAAAAAUUUAAAAAUUAGUUAUGUUUAAAGUACUAAUUAGCGUAUAGCCCAUAUGUAUGUGUUGGAUGUGAGUGUAGUGUUUGUAAGCUUUUGAAAGUAGGGCUGGAACUCUGCAUAGUACCUAGUACAAACCUUUGCACAUAGGUGCUCAUUUAUAAAAUUUAAUUGAAUUUGACACAAGAAUCACAUUAGGUAAAUGUUUAAAGUAGCAGCCUAGCAAAGUUUGGGCAUGAUGUAAACACUGGUAAAACCAGUAUAAUUUUAGAGACCAUCAGGUUGUUAAAAAAUAUUAGGACACCAUUCUAUAAUUAUUAUCAGCCUAAAUAAGACAGUUUACAACUUUAUAAAAUGUUGUUAAUAUUUAUGGCCAUUAUACAUAUUACUAUUCUUAUGAAUUGUUUGAGAAAUAAUCAUAAUUUAUUUACAAAGAUUUUCUUUAGGUUAUGGUAUAAAUUAUUGAGAUAUGUUUGUAAUUUGGAUAAUUUGAAUGCUUUACAAUACACUUAAGAUAAAGCUUAUUAACUUUAUUACUAACUUUAUUAACAUUACUAUAACAUUGCUAAGUGUAUUACGGUAUAUAAACAGGUAACGGAAUUUGGUUUUUUAUUUGUUAUUAUCUGAAUGUUUACGUCCCCCACAAAUUCAUAUGUUGAAAUCCUAACCCUGAAGGUGAUGAUCUUCAAAGGUGGGGCCUUUGGCAAGUGAUAAGGUCAGGAGGGCAGGCCCUUGUAAAAGAGGCCCCAGAGAGCUUGUUCACCAAUUCUACCAUGUAAGUACACAUAUGAAGGCAUCAUCUAUGAACUAGAAGGUGGGCCUUCACCAGACACCAGAGACCAGAAUCUACUGGCGUCAUCUUGGACUCCCCAGCCUCCAGAACUGUAAGAAACAAAUUUUUGUUUUAUUAGUACAA